AUGUCGGGAACUUCAGCACAACAGGCUUCCGACCUUGCCUCUCUUGUCUCAACCUUCAACGCGCUCCCGCGCAACCAGCUCUCGCCUUCGGCUUCUGUGCCCAACCACUGGCACGUAUCCCUCCGCCAAGUGCCCCUCCAGCCCCCCGGCCAAGUUCUUUUCCUUAUCAGUCCUGCCGCUCGCUACGUCCAUGUCGAAGGACCUUUACCACCCAGUUACACCAGCGCCACUACAGAGGUGAAAGCAACAAUAUGGUGUAUGCUGUUGCUGAAGGCAUUCAACCAGGGCUUGGGUGCGACUGAAGAGCAUAAGAGAGCGGGUGCGAUCGUGGGUCGGCCGUGGAGUUGGGUGUGCAACGAUGCGGAGAUGGCUGGGGCGGUUGGAGAGAUGCUGAGGAGCAUUGGAGUGCUGGCGCCGGAGGGGGUAGGAUUGGCUGGGGAUGAGGAGAAUGGGAUUGCCGAUGAGGAGUGGAGCCGGUUCUUUGGAGAACUGCAUAAUACUAUACGGAUGGGCGAUUGA